CGGCAGCGGAAUACAGACGGCAAUCUAACGUGGCUCUGCAACCUUUUACAGCUUAUGGUUGCGCCACUGCCUCUUCCAUCGUUUGGUCAGGCCUCUUCGAGCAUCGCAGAGGCGGAGCAGAUUUCUGUCAACAUCCUGUGUCUGCGUUUUUGCAGCCUCGUCUUCUGCAGAAGUGUUUUCUUGCAACGAAAGGCUAGCAACUGGAACUAAGACUUCAAACGGUGCACACGACUCCGCCCGGAGUUGCAGUUGUUUGAAAACGAGUUUGGCCAGGCCUGUCACGAAUACCGAUAAAUCCUGCAGCCGUGCCAAGGCAACCGUCGCGAUAGUUAGCGAAGCAAUUCACUAUGCGACAACCAUCAGCCGGUGCUGAGCUAAUCUAUGGUCUCCCGCGUGCAGCGUGGGAAUCAAUUUUCCAACUCUUGGACGGCGCCUCUCGCCUCGCUCUCACCAAGGCAGCAACUGAGCUGACAGGAGUCGCUGACUGCAAGCGGAUCGUCGAGACCGUAGAGUUCACUUCUGACACUGAUGAGUGGACGCUUGAUUUAUACCGCAAGAAGGUGAACACGAAGGACGUCCGGCAAGUCAGGUUUACCAGCUGCCUCGCGCUGCCCUCUGAGGUUCUCCUAGGAUUUCUUGCCAGCUGUGAGAAUGUAGAGGAACUGUGCGUUCUGAACUGCGUUGUCGAGCCUCCGGCGCUUUUUCGAAUGCUCUCACAGAGGCUCAGGAAGGUGAAGCAGCUAGAAUGGUCUCUCUACGAGGACUACCACUACGAGUCGUGGCUGGAGAAAGACGCUGUGGCGGUAACAAGCACGCAAUACCAGCCACAGACACCGAUGCUACAGUCCAUGUACGUCGAAGUUGUAGCGACGCCGCUGACAGCCGACUUCUUGGACGGCGUCCUGAAUGAGUGCCAGGAGCUUCGCAGUCUGCACAUUCACGUCCUACGUAAGGACGCUUUAGGAAUGCCGAUGGGCGACGCCAAUACAAGGCUGCAGACACCCAGACCCCGUCUGCGCAGCUUCCUUUACACUUGCGAGCGGGUACCCUCGCCCACUUGCCGGCUCUCACCCGAAGCCUCGUACAGCUUUGUCCGAUUUGACGACGUUCAGGAGCAGAGGACCUUGCUUCAGGGAGUACGCCGCGCUGUCGUGACGGUGGAAGCCGACUCGCAAGUCGCCUGCCGCUUCCUCGGAGCUGCAAAUCAUCCGGAUUACUGGAACGAUAUCAGGUCACUCUCACUUGUCUUGCCUCUCCCGCCGCAACAGGUCCGGCACACGCAAUAUCUGAGAGCUGCUCCCGACAUCCUGAAUCCGAUGCGGAAGUUCCUCCGAAAGUGCCUCGCCAACAUCUCCGAGCUCAGCCUGACCAAGAGCCACUUCUCGCUCGUCUGCAAGUUCUGCUCUGUCGUGGGCCCUGCGCUGUCUCAGCUGCGCUCGCUGGCACUCCCACCAUGUGCCGUGAAUAGAGAAGACUCGCUUGGGUGCCUGGCGCGAAGCUGCCGGUUCCUCGAGGAGCUGGACGUCAGCAACGACGAGACUCCUCCAUGCGCCGCCUGCAAAGUGCCUUUGAUGUUCAAAGAGCGUGACUUCGAGUGUCUGCACAGGCAGACUAGGCUGUGGCGGCUGAGCAUCGCAGAGACGGCGAAGAUGUCGUGCCUCAAGUUCCUUCUUGGGUGCCGAAUCACCGACCUUCGCUUCAGCCUAGAUAGCCUGGUGAGAGACGCCGGCUCUGUCGUCUACGUCCAGCCUAGCAAUCUCUUCUCCGCCAACGAUCGGCUGUCGACGCUGACCAUACAAGCACGCCACCUGGAGCUCGGGCAGCGCACUUUCUUCACAGCUAGUCUCAUUGCGGCUAAGAGUCUGCGCAUUUUGUGCCUGUUGACCGGAACUGAGGUGGUUGAUUCCGCGGUGUCGAAUUUCAUCGCCCUCAUGGUGAAAACAUUGCCACUACUGCAAUUGGUUCACGUGCACUACCUGGCCUCCAGCUCUUCGCUGAAGACUAUGUCGUGGAUCAACCAGCGACACGCAGUUGUGAACACUCUGCCUAAUGGCAAGAGGUUUCGUUGCCAAGGCCAGCUCCUGACCGACAGCCCCUGUCUGGGCCGCUACUGCUGCACCACGUCAUACAUAGGAGUUGCAAGGCCGAGGAACCGCUACUGAAGAAAACCUUCGCAGCGGCACACAACGACCACUGCCAAUGAGCUGAGCAUGGCGUGAAGAUUCAGUGAAAUAAAUUUCAUGGGCACUGCUUUCUCUUUA